GGCCGUGGUGGUAUAAAAGAGAAGACCAUUCCAUUACAAUUUAUUAAGUAUUUAUCACUUCUCUCAACUACAACCUAUUCUAAACUUACUCCUGAUCGUAUGCCUCUCGGACAUUACCUGACCUUCAUCGGAGGGAAGGCUCCUUUACCUGAUCCUGCUGCACUUCCGACUUCCGGGGAUGUCUUGAGAUACCUGUCCUUCUGUGCCACUUCUCUUCUAACUGGAACUCCUCUACUUCACCAGGUGGCUCAGACUCUCUUGGACACCUACUGCUGCUCCGACUCCCACAAAUCCCUUGUCGGGACACCACCAGCUAAGAAAGGGAGAUACAACUUAAUGAAACUUGAAAAUCUCGCUCCUCGAUUAGCCGCAGAACAGUUAUCAAACGGGACUGCAGCCCGUUUUCUCAGCAAAUACAACGAGGUAGUCGGGAUACAGGAGCAGGUGACAGAAAAGAAGAUCCGGAACAUACGGGCUAAGUCCAGGGGAGCUUUACUGGAUAACCUAAAGGGUACAGCAGUCGAAGCCCUGUAUUUCGACGGAAGAAAAGAUAGAGGAACCCUCCUCAAAGACUCAGACGAAGUUCUCCGGCGCCAAGAAGAAGAACACAUUACUUUGGUGGAACAGCCGUCCGGUCGAUAUCUUGGUUUCGCCACUCCUGACAGCGGAAGCGUUGUCGUCCUCUUGGAAAAGAAGCUGGGGAGGGAACUGCAGAGAAGUGUUUGCUCAUUACACAGGAUAGAACUACCCUUCCGGCAUUUCUUCACCUCGCUCGAUGGAGUCACGACCGGACCUAAUUCUUUCUCCGGCCCCACCGGGAAGCUUGCUGCUGGACCGGUUCACCAGAUGGCGUCGAGGAAGUUUGUCCCACUCAGAGCCCACACCUUCUCCCCUCUUCCUGAUGGUGUUGUCAAGAAACUGAGUUGGGACCAGAAGGUUCUCUACCGCCACGUUUUAGCUGUUCAAACCGGGGCACUACCACCUAAGCUUGCAGGAACAGAAAUUGGCCCCCUCUGCCACGCCAGGUGGAUAACAUUCCAAAGCAGAAUCUUAAGAUUAUUCAUGUCUGGCGGAGUCCCGGGUAAUGUAAUGGGUGGAUACGUGAACGCUCCACCUCGCAUCCAGGAACCUAGUAUAAAGUAUCUGAGAACGACCCGUAACUUGGAGGAGGGCAUGGUCAUUACUGUUGAGCCAGGGGUUUACUUCGGUGAUGCUUUAAUCGAAGCAGCUUACGCUAAUCCUGACCAAGCGAAAUAUAUGAACAAGGAAAAGAUUGAGCCGUAUAGGGGCACUGGAGGGGUACGAAUAGAAGACGGAGUAGCAGUAACGGCUGACGGAACUGAACUGCUCUCCCACAACAUACCCCGGACAGUAGAGGAAAUAGAGGAGUUCAUGAACAGGUCAAAUUAGAAGGGAGUGCUGUGACGUCAUUAUCAGGGGUGCUGUGACGUCAUUAUCAGACCAUUUGACAUUGUAGAUUUCGGGAUUAUAUGAAGACCGCAAUAUUAAUUGUUUGCUGAAUAUUUAGUUCUCUGAUUAAUAUCGCUUGAAUUUUUUGCUUACACGCUAAUUAAGUUU